AUGGCCGGGCGAGCCGCUGCCUCGCCCCCCGCCGGGGCCGGGCCGCCCCCCUCGCCCUGCCCUGCCGUCUGCGGGCUCCGUAGCUCCUCCUCGCCGUGCCUCCGGGGGCCCGAGCCGGGCGAGCCGCGGGCAGGGAGGCGGCGGCGGGGCGGCCCCCGCUGCCGGCUGCUGGCCCCCACCCGCGGGGCGGGCCGCCUUAGCGGCUCUGCCUGCCCCCUCCGCGCCCCAGCAUCUGCCCGGGAGCGGGGGAUGCUGCCCGGCGCCGCGGGGACGGGCGGAGGAUGCUCCCGCGGCAGCCGCGCCGAUCCGAGCGCUCCCGCACAGCUGGAUCCCUCACUCCAACUUCAAGUCCCGGCUCCUCCUCCCCCCGCCGCCAAUGGGGGCCCCCCCCCGGCCCCUCCGCUCCUCCCCAUUGGCUGCCGGGGGUGUCCGUCCCGGCGGCACAGCUGGACGGGCAGGACGGUCCCCGGCGGGGAUGGACGGGGCGCACCCGCGGGGGUCGGGCCCGGGCACCCCCUGCCCUGGGGGGAAAUCCGGGGGGAGAACGGGGACCUGCAGCGCCGGGGGCGGGGAGGAGGGGGAAAGCCCCGCGCUGCGUUAGGCGGAGGCAGCCCCCGGUGGGACACUGCAGCACCGGGAGAGGGGGAAGCCGGUGAGACGCAAGGAAGAAGAGAUGGGGCGGGGGACGAAGAGAUGGGGAGGAAAAAGCCGCAGGCGAGCGAGGCCCGCCAGGGCCAAGGUGCCGAGGGCAGCAGGAGCCGGUACAGAGCCCUCCCGUGUGCCGCCCAAACCCUGCCCAAGACCCUCUCCCUGCUGCCCCCCGCCCCGUCCCCCACCGCUCGCGAGCGGAGACCGUGCUGUUGGGCUCGGCGCAUGUGGGUCACCUCCCCGUGCCACCCAACCCCCAGCCCCUUGCGAGGGGCCACCCCGUCUGGAGCCGGUCGUCCCUACGCUGCGUGGGGACACGACCCUGGCCAGCAGCUCGCAGGGGGACCCGGCCCCGAGCAGGCGAGGGGAACCCGCCAUCCCCAACCGCGGGAGCAGCGGGUCCCCCCGGUCCCCCCUGCUCGGAGGACGCGGCCGGAGCUCCCUCUGCCGGUGCGAGUCCCGGCCGCGGCGGGAGCCGUCCCCGACGGCGGGGACCGUGCCGCCAGCAUCCCCGGGGAGGGGAGGGACGCACGGCCCGAGCAGGGGGCACGGCACGCCGAGCCAGAGACCUUCCUCCAGCGGGACCAGAGUAACAGAUUUUCUGCCGGCGAUCCUCAUUUUGAGUGCAGACGUCCCCAGGCUGAGCCAGAACCCUGCUUCUAA